GAAUCGGAACAUUGUGAUUCGAAAAAAAAAAUAUUCGAAACUUACAUCGCCCGUCGCGAGCCAUGGGUUCUCGACUUCUGUUUUAGGUAAAGCUCUAAUAUAGUGUACAAAUGGCCUCAAUAACGACAGCAAGUUACUCGGACCAGACGACGGCAGCACUCCUGCCAGAUGCAAAUUUAGAAACAUGGGAUUUCGUUGUUAUCGGUGUCUAUUUCGCAUUCAUAUUAGCUGUUGGGAUAUGGGCGAUGUGCAGCACGAAUCGUGGAAACGUUGACGGAUUCUUUCUCGCCGGGAGACACAUAACUUGGUUUCCUGUCGGAGCAUCUCUUUUCAGCAGCAAUAUUGGAAGUGGUGAUUUCGUUGGACUGGCUGGAACAGGAGUGGUCGGCGGAAUUGCAGUCGGUGCAUUCGAAUGGAAUGCCAUGCUUACGCUCUUCUUCUUGGGUUGGAUAUUUGCACCAGUUUAUAUAGCUGCUGGAGUCGUCACAAUGCCCGAAUAUCUUGAGGCACGAUUUGGAGGCCAAAGAAUUCAAGUGUAUUUAUCAGUGUUGUCGGUGUUGCUUUAUAUUCUAGUGAGAGUAUCGGCCGACUUGUAUUCCGGAGCAAUCUUUGUUCAAGAAGCUCUUGGAUGGAAUAUUUAUUUAUCUAUGGUUCUCCUUCUGUUGAUCACUGGAUUAUAUACAGUGACUGGAGGAUUAACUGCUGUCAUAUAUACAGACACUGCUCAAACUUUAAUCAUAACUAUUGGAUCAGUAAUCAUGAUGGUAUUGUCGUUUGAAAGCAUUGGGGGAUAUGAUCAACUGGAAACAAAAUACAUGCAAGCAGUACCAAGAUUGAGGCCAGCAAACACAACAUGCGGUGAACCGAGGGAGGAUUUUUUCAGCGUUUUUAGAGAUCCAGUUACAGGAGAUCUUCCUUGGCCUGGACUAACUUUCGGUUUAACAAUAUUAGCUACGUGGUACUGGUGCACAGAUCAGGUUCUUGUUCAAAGAACGUUGGCAGCAAAAAACCUGACACAUGCAAAAGGAGGUUGUGUUUUGGCAGGGUUUAUUAAAAUAAUGCCAAUGUAUACAAUUGUAAUGGUUGGAAUGGUCAGCAGAAUCGUAUUAACUGAUGCAAUUGCAUGUGUACUACCAGAAGAAUGUAUGAAAUAUUGUGGUUCAACCGUCGGUUGCUCCAAUGUUGCUUAUCCUAAGCUUGUACUGGCAACCAUGCCAACGGGAGCAAGAGGAUUGCUACUUGCAGCCAUGGUUUCGGCCUUGAUGUCUUCUUUAACAUCAGUAUUCAACAGUUCUUCAACUUUAUUUACUUGUGAUAUUUGGACUAAGAUUCGAAAAAACGCAUCUCAACGAGAAUUAAUGAUUGUUGGCCGCGUUUUUAUUCUUUGCAUGGUGGGAGUGAGCAUUGCCUGGGUGCCAAUCAUACAGGAAGCUGCAGGUGGACAACUAUUUGACUAUAUACAGGCUAUAACAAGUUAUCUCGCUCCUCCAAUUGCAACUAUUUUUGUGACUGCUGUAUUUUGGCCAAGACUCAAUGAGCCGGGCGCUUUCUGGUCAUUGUUAAUCGGAAUGGUUAUUGGUUUAACCCGAAUGAUAUUGGAUUUUGUCUACACAGCGCCAUUAUGCGGAGAAGAAGAUACAAGACCACUGGUUCUGUCAAAGGUCCACUACCUUCAUUUCGCGUUGAUUCUUACGGCUUGUACGUUGAUAAUAGAAGUUAGUGUCAGCUUGUGCACUCCUCCUAUUGCCAGUGAACACUUGCACAGAUUGACAUAUUGGACCCGACUGAGUAAGAAGAAAAGAAUUCCAAUCGAACAGACUUUUGAACUUCAUGGAUCCGGUAACCAGCAGAACGAUGAAACUGAGGGAGGAUAUCCAAAUGAGGUGAUGGUUGGCGAUAAUGAAGCAAUGGCAAACGGGAAUGGAAAACAUCCUUCACAAAAAAAACAAAAGUCUUGGCUCAAACGAGGAUUUGACCUCUUUUGCGGUUUUGAUGACCAAACCUCGAAGCAACCUUCAUCGGAUUCUGUAAUAUUGGAUAUCAACGAAAAGAAAUGGCCAGCAUUAAUUGUAAACAUAGCUUGCGUGCUCAUGUUAGCCACAAUGGUGUUUCUUUUUGCAUAUUACGCAUAAUACUUCACGUGAAGGAAGGGAGAAAUAAUGAGAAAAUUAUUACUUCCUGCAUGAUGUUAUUCUCCUUUCAAUGUUUUUUUUUGAAUAAUCAAAACGAAUAAUUGCAUAAACAAUUUUAUUAUUGUCAAUCCCGAUAAUUGACGAGUCCAAUUAAAGACAGGCAAGAAUAAAAUGAAAUAUAGUUGAACAUUUUAUAAAAACUGAUUUUGAUGAAAAAUACAACUGAUCUAUUCGUAAUGUG